AUGGCCCGACUUUCCUUCCUCGCAACCUCGCUCGCAGUUCUGUUCCUCGCCAUGGCUAGCAGCGCAUUCGGCGCGCGACACUACGGCGCGGCGACCGUUAAGCCCACCGCCGUAGCCGCCUGCACCGCGUCGGCUCUUGGGGCUCCAUACGCCAAAUCCGUCAAGCUCACAACUGACGGCCUAUUUCUCCUGCACUGGAACAUCACCGCGAAGAAGGACGGGAUUAUCGCUGCGAUCGAGGCGAAGUCCGGCAGCGGCGCCGAGACGGGCUGGUUUUCCGUUGGCUGGACGAAGAAAUCCGGGCUCAUGGCUCCCGCCGACGCCGUGGUCGGGAAUCUCGCGGGAGCCGCGCCGAACAACGUGCUGGCUUACGCGAUGACGGGCAAGACUGUGGCCAAGGUCAAGAAGACAACCGCAGUGAAGCUGUCGGCGAAAUCCGUGGUUACCGCUUCUGACGGUGGCAAGAUCGUCAAGUUCACUCGUAUGGGCAAGGGCGGUCUGGGUCCUGUCAACUACGUGGGCAACAACAACAUGAUCUGGGCCUACUCCGACGCCCAGGCUUUCACCUCCCACGCCAACCGGUAA